AUGGCUUCUAAAUCAAAGUCUGUCUUGAUAUCAGUUGUUGUGCUGAGGCUCCUAACACUUGGAUUGUUAGCUGCUUCUAUUGUUUUAUUGUAUCUAGAUAAAUUCACUCUUAGUGGUGAUACCAAAAUUUCUUUCAAGGAUGUUAUUGUGUAUAGAUAUGUUAUAGCAACAGGAAUUAUCGGCUUCCUUUACACGCUUGUUCAAAUUCCAUUUGCAGUAUACCAUGCUUCUAAGGGAAAGAGGCUUAUCCGAAAUAGGUGUCUUCCAGAGUUUUACUUUUUCAGUGAUAAGAAUGAAAAAAUGAUCAAGGAGGGACCAUCAACACAUGGAUGCUUUCAUAUUUAUAUCAAUAAAAUAGCUGUAGUAGACUAUCUUUAG